UGCUGUAUCACCUUCAAUUUGACCCAAGGAAUGUAAACACAUAUACGCAUAAGUGAUUUAAGUGUCUGGCCAUCAUCAGCUCUACAAUUAAAAAAAAUAUAUAUAAGCAUAAGUAAUUGUAUGGAAUUGAAUAGUUAAUAAACAUGGAACUCAUUGGGUUUGUGCAUAAAUAUGAAUGGGGAAAAUUAGGAAACGAUUCUGCCGUAGCCCAACUAGCAACUUUAAAUGACCCACAAUUUAAAGUGGAUUUAAAAUCAACUUAUGCUGAACUAUGGAUGGGUUCUCAUCCAAAUGGACCAUCCAGGUACAAAUCGGAUGGUUCUAAAUUGGAAGAAGAGUUACCGUUUUUAUUGAAAGUUUUAAGUAUAAACAAAGCGCUGAGUAUUCAAGUUCAUCCUAAUAAAGAGGAAGCUAGACGUUUGCACACAAGUAAACCUGAAAUUUACAAGGACCCCAACCAUAAACCUGAAAUGGCGAUAGCCCUUACGCCUUUUGUGGGAUUGUGUGGUUUUCGACCUCUUCCGCAAAUAAGAGACAUUCUACUCAGAAUUCAUCCACUCAACAAAUUGACCGUAGAUGAUCCCAAGGACCUCGAUCUUUUAGCUAAAGACGACGAACAAGGUUUACGACAUUGUUAUGAAAAACUUUUGAACCAGAGCGCAAUCGAGAUUGGUCUAUGCAUCGACUCGAUUUCGAAAGAAUAUUCGAAAGUUUUAUGUGAUUAUAAUAUAAUCGAAAUAUACAAUAAACUCAAAGAGGAUUUUCCAAAUGACGUUGGGGUACUUUCUAUUUUCUUUUUGAACGUUAUUCGCCUGCAACCGGGUCAGGCGAUGUUCCUUGGAGCAAACCAAAUACACGCUUACCUAUCGGGAGAUGUUGUGGAGUGCAUGGCUUGUUCCGAUAACGUAAUACGUGCUGGAUUAACGCCUAAAUAUAAGGAUAUCAAUCAACUGCUCAGUUGUUUAGAAUAUACAGGUUCUCCAGCUCAAAAUAAAAUUUUUGCCCCGGAACGCAUUGAUGAUCAGCGACUACUAUUCAAACCGCCUGUUGAAGAUUUUGCUUUGACUCAACUGACCUUAGGACGAAACGAUACAGAAUAUGUUUUAAAGGUUGAACAGUCUCCUGGUAUAUUACUUGUGAUAAGCGGACAACGCACUUUAGAAUCGAUCGGCAACAAUGCUUUAAAACUAAAACGUGGAUCGAUUGUUUACUUGCCUUGGAAAAUUGGAACCGAAAUGCGUUUUAUAUCCAGUGGAGAGGACAAUACUAAAUUUUUGACUUAUAUCAGCACCCCCAAUUCACCUUAACCCUCAACCAUUAACCUCUGGGACACUAUUUGUCUUCGAAAAAAAGAUAGAGGUAUAAUGAAUUUCGAAAAAGAGUUCGUAUAUCAAAAAAUUAGAUUAAAUAACUAUUUUCCAGGCCCAUAUUCCAAAAAUGUAUAUUCUUAUUUUCCGUCAUUGGAAAUAUCAAGUUUGAGUAAAUAAACUUUAGUCAAUACUAAAAUAUCGCUUAUUGUCCGCUUUUGCCUAUUUUUAAUCCCAUUCGUCCUUGGCUUAAAGUGAAUGCGCGUUCCAAGUGCACAAGUGCGCUCGGGUAUAAAAAUAACUAUUGAACUUAACGUUUUGUAUAAAACUUAAAAAAUAAAAAUCAUUACCACUGACGAUAUUCUAAAUAACACUGUGCGACAAUUUUAUGACUAUUCAAACCAGCCCGAUCUUUGCUAAUAUUUUCCGAAAGUAUACAUAUCCAGUAAUAAAAUACGCGAUGGAUUUGCAAAUCGUCGCCUGGAUAAAAGAUUGUUGUAUGUUACUUUCGGCAAGUAUUGGGAAAUCGAUGUUAAAGAUUCAGUCUCAAUUUCUCAAAAGCUGUACAAUCGUUUUUUACCAAAAUUUAACGCUUGAUUGUACAUACUAUUUAAAGUAUAAAACCACAUUCUCUUAAAUUUUCAGUAACUCAUAUAGCUUUUACAACCACUUUUUUAUAAAGCCAUUUUGUCGUAUGUUACAUUUUCACGUUAAACGCUGGUCAGCUGUAUGACACUACAAAUUAGGGAUGCUAAUUUUUCGACUUUUUCCGAUCCCGGUAUUUUCGGGAAGGCGUUGUCACAAUCCCGGAAUCCCGGAU